AUGAGGAACUCUCAACCAAACUCUUUCUUGUUCGUCUUCGUUACAACCCUUUCUCUUUCUAAUUUAUUGGAAGCACAAUCCUCCAUUGGAGAUUUCAUUAGUUGUGUUGAAUCAACCUCGGAUAAUUUUACUGCGAUAUCUGAGCUUAUUUAUACCCCGGUCAACUCUUCUUUCUUACCUCUUUGGGAAGCUAGACUUAGAAACCUUAGAUUCAACAAAUCCUCCACUCCUAAACCUUCAAUCAUUGUUACUCCGGACAACGAAAUCCAGGUCCGCACGACUCUUUUAUGUAGCAAGAGAUACAAAUACGAAUUGAGAGUCAGGUGCGGUGGCCAUGACUUUGAGGGCCUUUCGUCCAUUGCUGAUGUUCCAUUUGUCAUGCUUGAUCUCAACAGAAUGAGAUCCGUAGACGUUGAUGUUGGAAACAGAACCGCAUGGUUUGAAGGUGGCGCGUUGCUUGGUGAAGUCUACUACGCUAUUAGUAACAAGACAAAUAGUUUGUAUUUUCCAGCCGCUCUUUGUCCUACGGUAGGUGUUGGUGGCUACUUAAGUGGAGGUGGUUAUGGAUACCUUAUUAGAAAAUAUGGUACUGGUGCGGAUAAUGUUAUUGAUGUUCGAUUUAUGAACGUUGAUGGUGUUAUUCUAAAUAGGAAGUCGAUGGGAGAAAAUUUGUUUUGGGCGAUUCGUGGUGGCGGUGCUUCCAGCUUCGGAAUCGUUUUGGCAUGGAAACUAAGUUUGGUUUCCGUGCCAGAAUUAGUAACUGUUUUCUUCGUGACUAAAACUAUAGAAGAAGGUGCAACAGAAAUUUUACAUAAAUAUCAAUAUGUUGUUCCAAGUGGUGAUAGGGAUUUAAGCAUUAGAGUUGCAAUAAUUAACACCUUUAUUGGCAACACCACCACACAAACCAUAAAUGUUACGUUUCAAGGGCUCUAUCUAGGCAGAAUUGAUACGUUGCUUCCCUUGAUGAACCGAACGCUCCCAGAGCUUAACCUCACACGACAGGAUUGCGAAGAAAUGACAAUCGCCCAAUCAUCACUUGCAUUAAAUGGCUUACCCAGCGACACCCCACUUGAAUUUCUUCGGUCCCGGGAGACCACCCUUUCAAUGAGAACUAAAAGCAAGCUAGACUAUGUACGAAUACCUAUUCCCAAACACGGACUGAGAAAAAUCUGGAAAAAGUUGUUUGAAAAUGAGGUCGGAACGGGGAUGCUGUUCUUGCACCCUUUUGGUGGUAGGAAUGAUGAGAUUUCGGAGACUUCAACUCCAUAUCCUCACAGAGCUGGGGUGUUGUAUCAGUUUCACCAAAUAAUCACUUUUUCCGAUCAAGCAUCGGACACGACGCCAGCAUCACUCCGACGUAUUAACUGGUUAAGAUCCUUCAACGAUUUUAUAGCACCUUAUGUAUCCAGGAACCCAAGAGAGGCGUAUUUGAACUACAUUGAUCUUGAUUUGGGUUUUGAAGCCGGCUCUUAUGAACAAGCAAGUGUUUGGGGGGAGAGAUACUGGAAGAGACACAACUUCAAGAAGUUGAUUAGUAUCAAAGCAAUAGCUGAUCCAGAGAAUUUCUUUAAACAUCCACAAAGCAUACCGGUUUUCCCAACAUAUUGAUCAAACAAGUUGGAUUCUUUUUAGAACGUUUAGUUUUCACCCAUGGUCAUCAACUAUAUGCCGCUCGAUCUUUAUAGAAUUCACGAAAGUCGGGUUGAAAGUUCUUAUUGUGAAAGGUGGAAAAAGUUCAGACACAACUGCCGAUAUGGUCUAUACAAAGAAGUUCUACAAUGUUCUUGCAAUAUAGUUGCA